AUGCCGCUCACCGUCACAAAUGGCAAAACCGACUUCUUCUUCGAGCACAGAUCAGUAUCGAUAUCCUACGACACGGUCAUGCAAUUGGCCGUCGAGGCCUUGCGGUCCAGCUUAAUCGCGAAGCUCGUGUCCCGCGGAGACGUCUACUUUUGCCGCGCCGGCGACUCCAUCACCAUCGUGAAGCAAGGAAAUGCUUACCGCGGCGUCUACGUCGACUCUUUCCAGGUGACGGGCUACACACAGACAAAACACCACCCUACAGGGGCCCCGAGGGACCAGUACAACGCCAUAUGGAUGACGGUCGAAUACUCCGAGUACUUCCUCAGCAUCCCCCUCCAGCCGGGGGAUAAGUUUGAAGACAGAGAAGCCACCAGCGUGCCGAACCAGAUGACGCAAUUGAGCGCCGCAGUGCAGGCGUACUUUGCGGCAGCCACGUUCCCCCGGGCACACUGCCCACGGGUUCGGCUUCGGGUCACCCACAUCUCCCGCUGUACCCGGAGAUUGCUCAUAUGGAACCGUUCGACGGCUUGUUGGACAGGGUGCAGAAGCAGUAUAAAGCCUUUGUUGAAAGCGGCGACGCGAGCCGUUGAGGACGCCUGUCGUCAACAGAACGUGGAUUAUGAUCCAGUGCUUUCGUAG